GCACUAACUCAUAGGAAUUAUACUCUUUCCUGUCCUUCAAUCUUUCUUUCCAGUUGUCUAAAAUACUCUCUCUGCUUUUUUUACGUUUCUAGUUUUCCUCAAUCAAAUACUCAUAUAUAUAACACCCAUCUAUCUUUACCCAAACUUCUCUUGCUGGGUUUUUUUUUUUCUUUUUCUUUUCGUUUUUUAUUUUUGGGGUUCUUCCAUUUCUCCCAAUUCCGCCAUCGCUUGAGAGAAUUCAACGGAAUUAUUGAUAGAUCAGUUUUACCAUUGAUGAGAAGAUCCUUGUGCACUAAUAAGAGUGUUAUUGAUUGGAUUAGGGAUUUUUAUCUUCAUUGGUGUUACUGGUAAAGAUGCAGCAAGAAGGAGGAGGAGGAGGAGGAGGUGGAAGUGGGUCUCAAUCCCAAUAUGGUGAAAUGAGUGGUGGUGCUGGUGGUGGUGGUCCAGCAACAGCUGGACUGGCCAGCACUCACAUGGUCGACCAGUCCCAGCAGCAAUUAGUAGAAGCAGCGUCUCCGAUAAGCAGCAGACCACCCGCAGCCGGAAAUUUAGAUGAAUUUAUCCGGUUAUCAGGUGGGGGAGACGAGGAUGCACUGGGUGCGGCUGGAGAAGAAGGGGAUCGAGCAGGAGCGUCAAGUAGCAACAGGUGGCCCCGCCAAGAAACGCUUGCGCUUCUCAAAAUUAGGUCGGAUAUGGAUGCUGCCUUCCGUGACGCCACCGUCAAGGGCCCUCUUUGGGAGGAUGUUUCCAGGAAGCUGGCGGAGCUGGGAUACAAGAGGAGUGCGAAGAAGUGUAAGGAGAAAUUCGAGAAUGUUCACAAGUACUACAAAAGGACGAAGGAAGGGAGGGCUGGGCGUCAGGACGGGAAGAGCUACAAGUUUUACACUGAGUUAGAGGCUCUUCAUAGCUCUUCCGCUGCGGCCGCCGUCACACACGCCCCCAACGUGUCAAUGUCGGUUUCGCCUGCGACUGCGGGUACUACUCUAGAUGUAUCUCCUGUUUCGGUUGGGAUCCCGAUGCAAGUCCCAUCAGCAAGAAUCCCUCCGAAUCCUUCUCAGCCGGUUUCGACCGUCCCGGUGUCUUCCUCAAUUUUCACGAUGCCGGCCCCGGCUUUUGUGCCUGCUUCACAGGCGCCUCCCUCAUAUACUUCAGCCGCCGCUCAGUUCGGGAUCAGUUUCUCGUCUGAUAGCUCCUCCUCUUCUGAACGCUCGGAGGAUGACGAUGACGACGAGGAAGAACUUGGAGGGGAGCCAUCGACCGCUGCUGGUGGCAGUCGGAAGCGUAAAAGACAACCCUCAAGAGUACGCAGAGGCAGUGGCAACACCCGAAGGAUGAUGCAAUUCUUCGAGGGGCUAAUGAAACAGGUCAUGCAAAAGCAAGAGACAAUGCAGCAGAGAUUCUUAGAAGCCAUAGAGAAGAGAGAGCAAGAUCGGAUGAUAAGAGAAGAAGCUUGGAAGAAGCAGGAGAUGCUGAGAUUGAGUCGGGAACACGAACUCAUGGCUCAAGAACGCAACGUUGCUGCAUCCAGAGACGCUGCAAUAGUCUCAUUUCUGCAGAAGAUCACAGGCCAGACGAUUCAGUUACCAACCACGGUAACCAUUCCGACCGUAACUGUCACGCCACUACCAACGCAACCGGCGCAGUUAAUCACACCAGCGGCUCCUAUUUCAACGGCAGCAGCGUUACAACAUCAGCCUCCAGUUAUACCGCAACAAACACCACCACCGCCACCGCAAGUGCAGCAGCAGCAGCAACAGUUGCGUCAUCAACAUCAGCCGCAGCCGCCGCAGCACCGAUCUCAAAGUAGUGACGUGGUGAGGCAUCAGGCGCCGAUUUCUUCAGAAGUGGUAAUGGCAAUCCCGGAACAAACGGUCCCACCUCAGGAUAUUGGUGGCAGUGGAAGCUCAGAACCGACGUCAUCGAGAUGGCCCAAACCAGAAGUUCUGGCGCUUAUAAAAAUGAGAAGUGGGCUUGAAUCCAGGUAUCAAGAGGCCGGGCCCAAGGGCCCACUUUGGGAGGAAAUCUCUACUGGAAUGCUACAGAUGGGCUACAAAAGGAGUGCUAAAAGAUGCAAGGAAAAAUGGGAAAACAUCAACAAGUAUUUCAAGAAAGUCAAGGAGAGUAACAAGAAACGCCCUGAAGAUGCCAAGACCUGCCCCUAUUUUCACGAACUCGACGCCCUUUACAAGAAGAAGAUAAUCGGGAGCAGCGCUGGUGCCAGUAGCAGUAGCUUUACCGGCCAUCAGAGGUCCGAGGAACAAACAUCAGAGCCGCAUCAGCAGGAGAGUAUGCAGGUUGCUCCGUCAACCAUGGCAGCAACACAACCAACACAAGCUGGGGAGUUGGAGAACGAAAGUGGAGCUAGUGGUGAUGUGCAGGCGGGCAAAGAAGGUUUUCCUGAGAGCCUAUUUGGAGAAGGGAAUGGAUCAACAAAGAAGCCAGAAGACAUCAUGAGAGAGUUGAUGGAGCAACAGGGGAUUCCGCAGCAGCAACAUCAACAGCCUGGACAGCCGUUGGCAGUGGAAGACUAUGAAAAGUUGGGUGAACCUGACAGCGACGUCAUGGAUGAAGAUGAGGACGAUAACGAGGAAGACGAGGAUGAAUUAGAAGAAGACGGGAAAAUGUCUUACAAGAUAGAGUUUCAGAGACAGAACACAGGCCCCUCCAAUGGGGGAGGGAAUGGGACAACCUCUUUUCUUACCAUGGUUCAAUAGCCUGUGAUCAAUUUCUCAGUUUCUCCACAUAUCCCUAAAAAAUGUACCAUAUGUAUACGUGUGUGUCCACCAAACAUACCUACACCUAACAGUACUUCAGUCCAAAAAAUCCUCCCUUUUCUUCAUUUUUCCUUUGUUUUUUAAUCUUCUCUCCUACUUCCAUUCCCUUUCAGCCUCGCUCUAAUUUCUUGUUCGUCCUUGUCUUCUUCUUUCGUCAAGAAGUUCUUCUUUUCGUUUUUUUUAAAAAUUACCAGAAUAGUUUUGGUAAUAGAGAGGCAUCCACACUGCACCGUCACUUCAUUUAAAUUUUUAUUGAUUUAAUUUGUUGGUGAAUAAGGAACCGUUUCAAAGGCAAACGGGUAGGUGAUUGAGUUGAGACUGCGGAAAUAAGGUUGCUGAGGGGCAGCAGUCCCAUCAAGGGAACAGAACCAAACACAGCAAACAAAGAAGGAAGAGAGACAAAGAGACUGCUGAUGAUGAAAAGGGUCAUGACAUGAAGGUGUUUAUGUUUCAAAAUUUUCUUUGAUAUCAAUCUUGGGUUCUCUCUUACGUACUUUCUUGGAUCAAAUUAAGGAAUGAAAAAAUAUCCUGGGUUUUUCUUAAAAUGCUUUACCUUGAACUGUACCAAAUUAUGAGCCUUUUCCACAUUCAUUCUUUCAUCUUUGAAAUUUGUCAUUGUCAAUUGAUUUAUGAUUGUUGUUAUCAUUGUUUUUAGGUUUUCCACAAAGGUAAUAAAAAAAAAAAAAAGGAAAAAAAGAACAGUGUAGAGUGAGGGAAAAAAAAUAGUAGGAGAAACGGAUGAGAUCAAUGAGUUUUGUGCCUCUUCUCCUCUUAUUUUUGUUUCCACUUAAGUAUAUACUGUUUCUUUGGCUCCUUUGUGCCUACUUGUUUGUGUAACUGUAACUUUUACAUUCUUAGAACUAUAGUUUUUAUUACAUCUUCUUGUGGAUGGCUAGUGCUUUU